GCACGCGACGACUUAACACAACAACGGGUACUAGAACCACUAUAAAACGGGCAGGCCGCAGGUGCAAUAUGUACAACCGGCCGAUCGCCCGAUCACAGGCACCACAAUAAGCUAGCUAUACAGGUUUGCGAUCUUGCGAUCACCAUAUCUGACAGGAGACUAUAGCUAGUUAGGUACUCCUAAAUGGCGACGAGCAUGCGGCCGCCGCACGACGGCAGCAUCACCAAGGCGGUGUCCAUCUCGGCGCUGGUGAUCUCCCUGCCCAUCAUCUACGUGUCGCUGCUGCGCGUCCCGCCGUCCACGCUCGCCAGGGACACCACCUUCUGGUUCCUCAUGUCCAACUCCAUCAUCGCCAUCAUCGCCGCCGACUCAGGGAUGCUCUUCUUCGGCACCGCCGCCUCCUGCCACGACGACGUUCCCGCUGAUGAACAGCCGGCGCCGGUGGCUACACAACAGAUCAGUUAUGAAGAUGCUACUUCGUCGGUGAUGGCGGCGCGCCUUGACGAGCCAACGAUGGUGGGCAUCUCCCCUGUCGUCGUGGGAGAUGAAGAGCUGAGAAAGGAUGGACCAGUAGUAGCAAGCAACGAUGUUGUGCUGGCUUUGAUCAAAGAUGAUGGUGCAGCGAGCAAGCCUUGCAGUACUGACAUGGGGCAUGCCCAUGCCUCGGUUCAGCAGAGACGUGAGGAGGAAUUAGAAGAAGAAGCAUCGGUCCAAGUCGAACCAAUUCGAAUCAACAAGAACUGUUCAUCAAUGAUAGUGAAAGGAGGUUUUGCAUCUAAGGAAAUAGUGAAGGGUGAUGAGUGGCCAAUAUUGCAUCCUCCUCCGACGACAACAGCUGACGAUCAUGUACCCAAAGACGAGGGCUCCGUUGAAGUCCCGACGGAAGAGAGGAAGCCGGCUCGGUUCUCGGUGGCAGAGGAGAUGAGCAACAAGACGCCACCGCCGGACGAGCGCGAGUACUGGCAGUUAAGCAACGAGGAGCUCAACAGGAAGGUGGAGGAGUUCAUCACGCGGUUCAACCGAGACAUGGUCGAGCAGGAAGCACGAGUCUGAUCGAUCGAUAGAGAGUUAUGGCUAGCCGGUUAGCUACUACGCUGCGUACAACUAUAAGAAAAGACAUGUGCUAGCUGCAUCACAGUUAAUGUACAAAUAUAUAUAUGUGCUGCUAUGUAUAUGUGCAUAUCGAAUUACUUGUUAGGUAGUUUUCACUCUACUUUUUACUG